UUGGAUUGAAACGUGAAUUGUCAAGGAUGUCCCUAAGGGUUUGGAGUAUUGUAGUCAUACUGUAUCAAACUAUAAUAUGCCUGAUCAUCAGCUGGUACACCCUCGAAUGUCACUUCGCCCCUACCAGCACGGAACUGCACGAGGUGACCCUGAUAAAGCUGCUAUACCUCUAUGACCCGGAAGCAUGCGGCAGGGUACACUUCUACAACAUCACCAUGAAAGACACCAGGGAAUCCUACUCCACGAUCAUGUGGCUUGUGAAAAACAGUAUGGCUUCGGCUUUCAGGAGCAAAAUCCAUCUAUGGCUAUGUCUUCACGUGCUGUGGUUUGGACUCUCCAUCGCCAACGGGACGCAUGGACAAAGGCAUUGCGGCUUUUAUGCAGUUGUGGUACCGUUCACCAUCACCGGCGUCACACUGCUAGUCGUGGAUCUGAUCUAUAUGUCACUGUUCCUCCAGAAUGUUCAACAGACCAAUUCGCAGAUCUCAAUCCUCAACUUCAUGAACUCAAGCUCCCCAAGCAGCAUCCGAUGGAUCAACAGGCCAUUCCCCUGGCCGGCACAGUACGUGUGCGAUGAAGACAGCACCUGGAUCUCGCUGUUGUUCGCCUACAUCAGCUGCAGAGGUGUCGUGCAGUGGAUCAUCAACUUCUGGUUCAUCAAAGACAAUUAUUACGAAGGUCUUGCAGCUUACCAUCGUCUUCAAAGGGAGAAAUCAAGGCUAAGAUCAAAGGCGUGACAAUCUAUAGUCAAUCUCUUAUUCCUUUUGUUUGUGGACCUACAAAGGCUUGUGUAUGAAGACUUCACAUUAUGCUUUCACGAGAUUAUCUGCAGAAGUAUAACAUCAUACAUAAUAAAAAAUAUAUUUCGUAUGACGUCAC